GCAGUAAGAAAAGGCCAGUGCCAGACAGACUUCUUGAAGGAACUCCAGGCCCGGCUGAGAAGGUGAUUUAUUUCAUGUAAAAUCAGUUGUUCAUGCCAGUAAGAAAUUGAACUCCGAACUGAGUGGUGCCCACACAAAGUACGCAAAUAGAAUCAUCGCACAGUCAUUUUCGUCAUCGUUGCACAGAGGCAGUCAACGUCUUAAAACCACUCCAGGGUACAGGGUCUUAUCAAGUCGACCAGACCAACAAAUUAUUAUCAGCCUUCCUCUGAUUCACACACGACCACGACGGAGACUUGAUUUUUAAAUAAGAAAUAAUCAAAAGAACUCGUUGAGAAAGUGCCCGGUCAAUUUUAAAGAGUGCGCUAUAAGGAAAAGUAUCUUUUCUUGUUCCCGUUGAAAAGCAGUGUUGAGUUUAUCGUGCCUGUUAAUUUAAUUGAUACUUGCGAAAACUAAAAAGUAAUUUUUUUUGGAAUUCUCAAUUAAAUUUGUGCAAAUUUAAUUAAACUUUUAAAUUGUGAUUAAAACUUUCAGUCAGCCAUCUGACUUGUUUCGUAAAUUUCUUACCGUUGUAUCUUAAAACAAAUUUAUUAAAAUGAGGGAAAUCGUUCACUUGCAAGCCGGCCAAUGCGGUAACCAGAUUGGUGCUAAGUUCUGGGAAAUUAUUUCAGAAGAACAUGGAAUCGAUUCAACCGGUAUCUACCACGGUGACAGCGAUCUUCAAUUGGAAAGGGUUAGCGUCUACUACAACGAAGCAUCAGCUGUUACAAGAACAUCCGGUGGAAAGUAUGUCCCACGUGCGAUCCUUUUGGAUUUGGAGCCGGGCACCAUGGAAUCCGUACGCUCGGGACCUUAUGGUAAACUUUUCCGUCCUGACAAUUUCGUGUUUGGUCAGUCGGGCGCUGGUAAUAAUUGGGCAAAAGGUCACUAUACCGAAGGUGCUGAACUAGUCGAUGCCGUCCUGGAUGUUGUUCGCAAGGAAUGCGAGAACUGCGACUGUUUGCAGGGCUUCCAGCUAACUCAUUCACUGGGCGGCGGUACUGGAUCUGGUAUGGGAACACUACUGAUCUCAAAGAUACGUGAGGAGUAUCCCGACAGAAUUAUGAAUACAUACUCCGUGGUCCCAUCACCUAAGGUAUCUGAUACUGUAGUGGAACCAUAUAACGCUACUCUGUCGAUCCACCAACUUGUCGAGAAUACAGACGAAACGUAUUGCAUCGACAACGAAGCUUUAUAUGAUAUUUGCUUUAGGACCCUCAAGGUGCCAAAUCCUAGCUACGGUGACCUUAAUCACUUAGUAUCACUGACCAUGUCUGGCGUGACAACCUGCCUACGAUUCCCUGGUCAAUUGAACGCUGAUCUCAGGAAGUUGGCUGUAAACAUGGUUCCCUUCCCACGUUUGCACUUCUUCAUGCCUGGCUUCGCUCCACUUACAUCAAGAGGUUCCCAACAAUACCGAGCCCUAACUGUUCCAGAAUUAACUCAGCAAAUGUUUGACGCUAAAAACAUGAUGGCUGCAUGUGAUCCACGUCAUGGACGCUACUUGACUGUAGCUGCUGUGUUCCGUGGACGAAUGUCCAUGAAAGAAGUUGAUGAACAAAUGCUUGCUGUUCAAAAUAAGAACAGCAGCUACUUCGUUGAGUGGAUUCCGAACAAUGUGAAGACAGCCGUUUGCGAUAUUCCGCCGAAGGGACUGAAGAUGUCCUCUACAUUCAUUGGAAACACCACUGCCAUCCAAGAACUAUUCAAACGUAUUUCGGAACAAUUCUCGGCUAUGUUCCGGAGGAAAGCUUUCUUGCAUUGGUACACUGGCGAGGGUAUGGAUGAGAUGGAGUUCACUGAGGCUGAAAGUAAUAUGAAUGAUUUAGUAUCUGAAUAUCAACAAUAUCAAGAAGCGACCGCGGAUGAUGAAUUUGAAGGAGAAGUAGCUGAUGAAGUUGAAGGAGAAUGUGUUUAAGAAUGAAGCCUUAUGUAAUUUUUAAAAUUUAACUUUAGUAUCCAUCAGAGAAAGUUACUUUUGAAUUAAAUACUGGCAAUUGUGGAUACAAGCUGCUGUAAGUUGAGUGGGUUACGAUAAAAUAUUUUCAUGAUUUUAGUUAGCUUUACUAUACUAUAUAUAUCAGCAUGGGCUUGAUAUCUAGUCCACGAGGAAGCAUUACACCUAUUAAUUUAAAAAAUUAAGGCUUCCUUUUGCUCAGGCUCAUUAAAUGACGUCAAUUUUGUAAAAAUAUGUACACCAUGACUAUUGACUCUGGAGCUUGAUUCUGAUAUGCUAACAUAUAUUCUACCAAUUAAAAUGUGUAACCAUUGAAUAUCAACAAUUUCAGUUUACAUCCAUAUAUUGUCGGUCUUUAUGCUGUAAGUUAAAAACGACAGAAACUGUUUUUUAUACGAAUAACAUACUUUAGUCGUAUUUUUUAUUACUUUCUAUUACAUUUAGAAAUUAUUUAUUUUUGCUGGAAUUUAGGUAAACCACAUACUUCUCUUUUAUAUUCGCAAUCCUAUAUUGCCUUCAUCAAAUACGAUAUCAUCCAUAUUACCUUUAGAGUACUUUUACGUUGAAAGUAUCUAUAAGAUCCGAUUGACCAACUGUUGGGGAAAAUGUACGAUUCACCCAUUGCCUUAUUAACAUCUUGUCACGUCCUAAUUUCCAAUCGAUUUUUUUUUAAAUUGUGGCUAACAGUAACUAUGAUAACGAAUAAUUUACAUCAUUAUUUUCAAUGGAAACAACAUCAAUCGAAAUAAAGAAUUCGAAGACUGAGCGAUUCGAUCUAACAGCGAAGAGGACCAACUUAUUUUGACUUUUUUAAAUCUGAGAGCUACUAUUUUGUCAUAUAGGUACCCCAUUUGUUUGGUUGUCGUAUGAUAUAAAUUGCCUAUAUUUACCAAAAAAUGAGGGAAAGAAUAUUAAGAAAGAAUCAUUUAAUAGAUUAAUGAAUUUUGCAAUGUUUUUGUAUCAAACGUAAAUUAUUAUUAUAUACUUUCUAUCAUUUUCUUUUAAUAAACUGCGAUCUUAAAUAUGUA